GUGGCUGUGCUGCGGGGGAGGGGGGCAUGGCUACCGUUUUGUGGCUCGGUCUGGGCGCAGGAGUCUGGCUUGUCUGCCAAUCGCAUUCGCGUUGGCUUUCGGGAACCAAUGGCUGCGCUACGAAUACCUAACGGAUCCGCUUCUGCGUGGUUGGCGGGCUUUCGGGACCAAUGGUGGUGCUGCGGAUACGGAUACGCUUCUGCGUGAUUGGUGGGCUUUCGGGGCCAAUAGCCCACGUCCCCGACAGCUCGCUGGGCGUUGCGUUGGUGGCUGAGGCAGAGCAUUAGGUUGGGUGCGAACGAGGGGGGAGAGAAUAUUAAAGCCUCGUCUUUGUCCGAUGUGAACUGCUUGGCCAUAGUUACUCAUCUUUUUCCGAGUUUCCAGAGCUGCAAACACAGAGAAUUGCUCACAGCCUCUCCAUCCAACCACAACCACAGCACGCACUCCAAACAUGCCUUCGACACCCACCAUCACCAAAGUCAGCACGGCGAGCACGAGCUCCUCCUCCACGCUCUCCACCACUGCUCCGACCGCACCGGCCAGCACAAACUGCUGCGGCACAAAGAAACGAGCAGAAGCUCCCGCCCAAACCUUCCCCCCUUCCGCGGCGCACCGCACCACGUACCUCGCAUCGCGCAUCGGCGGCACGAUCCUCGCCGUCGUCCAAAUCACGCUCGUAGCCGUCGCAGCCGGCGCGCUGCACCGCCGCCACUGGACCGACUUCGGCCUGUCGCCGGCCAUCGCCGUGCUGUUCUGGCACGCCGCCGACGUGGUCCUGGUGCUACGUUGCGGCCAGCGCCACCACCGGCUGGGCAGGGGCGUCUACGACGCUUUGCUCGCGGCCGGAUUCUGUGUCGCGGCCGGGUUCUGUGUUGCGAAUGGGCUGCUGCCGGCGUUGAGGGAGGGUGAUGGCGCUGCUGCGGGAUUGGCGGGGGGGAUUUUGGCGUCUAUGGUUGUGCAGGUGUUCAUCUGCUCCUGCAUUGCUGUCGGCGGGAUCCGCGACGUCAUCGCCUUCCGCCGGGCCGCGCGUCAGGCGGACAAAGAAGGGGUAGCCGAGACGGAGGUUUGACGUGGGAGUUUGUGGCGGAUAUUGUUCAUAAUUAGCGGCAUGGUAAUUGGAUUGUUGUUGGACCUGGUAUAGACUGGCAAGGAGGUUGGAGCUUGCUUUACCGCGCAUAAUUACACCCUUUUCAUUUCCAUCCUUCGCUUUUAUUUGGGGAUAGUUAUUGAAUUUCUGUUUCUUUGAAAACGAAAAGACGAAGGCAAGGCGUCACUGCCUACGGGGCUUGGUGAUAU